CACAUUAAGAACUGGAGGAAGCGGUACUUUAUUUUACGACAGGACGGGUCUUUCCUGGGAUACCGGGCCAAGCCUGAACAUGGAUUGGGGGACCCCCUCAACGACUUCACCGUCCGAGAUUGCCAGCUGAUGAAACAAGAGAAGCCCAAGCCUAAUACAUUCAUUAUACGAGGUCUGCAAUGGACGGUGGUAGUGGAGCGAAUGUUUUACGUGGAGAGUAACGAGGAGAGAGAGGACUGGAUCGCAGCCAUUCGUUCUGUGGCCGAAAAUCUCAAGGUCACAGAAGAAGAAGGAGGGUUGCUGGAAAAGGAGAAGAAGAAAGUGUCAUUAGAUGACUUUGAAUUCCUCAAAGUUCUGGGGAAAGGUACAUUUGGGAAGGUGAUUCUGUGUAAGGAGAAGACAACCAAUCAUCUGUACGCCAUCAAGAUCCUCAAAAAGCAGGUCAUCAUAGCCAAGGAUGAAGUGGCUCACACCCUCACAGAAAACAGAGUUUUACAGACCACUAAACAUCCAUUUUUAACACAACUGAAGUACUCUUUCCAAACGCCUGACAGACUCUGUUUUGUUAUGGAGUACGUCAAUGGGGGAGAACUCUUCUUUCAUUUAUCACGAGAACGAAUAUUCAGCGAGGACCGCACACGGUUUUACGGUGCUGAAAUUAUAUCAGCGUUGGGAUAUUUACAUGAAAAUAAUAUCGUUUAUAGAGAUCUCAAGCUGGAGAACUUAUUAUUGGAUAAGGAUGGGCAUAUUAAGAUAGCAGACUUUGGUCUGUGUAAAGAGGAGAUGUAUUACGGUGCUAGUACCAAGACUUUCUGUGGAACUCCAGAGUAUCUAGCCCCAGAGGUGCUUGAGGACAAUGACUAUGGCCGUGCGGUGGACUGGUGGGGAACGGGAGUUGUGAUGUAUGAAAUGAUGUGUGGAAGACUGCCCUUUUAUAAUCGUGAUCAUGACAUUUUGUUUGAACUUAUCUUGCUUCAACAAGUCAAAUUUCCUCGGACGCUGUCGGAAGACGCUACCUCUUUGUUGUCGGGCCUGCUGGUCAAGGACCCCAAACAAAGGCUGGGAGGAACGGAGGAUGACGUGAAUGUGAUUAGGGUCCACCCGUUCUUCAAAAGUAUCAACUGGCAAGACCUGGUGGAAAAGAAGAUUCCGCCACCCUUCAAGCCUCAGGUGACCUCUGAAACUGACACCAGGUAUUUCGACGACACCUUUACCGGGGAGUCCGUGGAAUUAACCCCGCCCCAGGUGCCAGCAAUGCCGGAGUACGAGGCUUCCAGUUACUCCCUCGAUCGCAUCGACGAAGACAUGACCGAAAUGGAAAACAUGCCGUACUUCGAGAAGUUUUCCUACCACGGCAGUAAAAUGAGCCUGGCCCAGAGUCAUAAUAGUGUUAUGAGUUUUGAUACGACAUGGAGCUCAUGAUCAAAACGUCAAGGGAACCAAAACCUCAGGACAUCUAGAUGAAACAUAGGAGUAUAUAUAUGUGUUGAGUAUUCACAAUAUGUCACCUGUAUUUAAUGUUAAAAAGGUUUUGAAGGAUGCUUGAUGAGCAUUUGCUUGGAUAGAAUAAUAUUACAUGUAUCAUGUCCCAAUAUUUUUGGGGAAAUAUUUUCAAAUCUUUAUAGAUAUGUGUCACUGAAUUUCAGUACACAAUAAAUAAUAUGAUGACACUUUUUAUAAGCUGACCGUUUGACAUUGAUGAAUUUUACCAGCAAAAAAAAAAUACUUGUUUGUAUGCUUUCUUAAUUGUUUUUCAUUAUGAGGAAAUGUGACAGUAUUUUCAAAUUUUGGAGCUUAAGAUUAUUCAUACAAAGAACAUAACUUACUCCUUGUAUGAGUUGGAUUUAUAGAACAUAUAAGAUUUUUUUUUUUUAAAGGAAUUUAAUAUUUGUGCCUGAGGCAUCUUAUUAUAUGACAUGGUAACAUGUUCACCAUAUAACAUGUGAAAACGUAAGGUUUGUAAUGUAGAUUGAAUACCUUCAAUGAAUUUUAUUUUCCUUUAUUUAGGUAAAUGUAUGUCUACAAUGAAUGAAUGUCUCUUAUUGUUAUAUUUUAAGAAUGCAAGUGCUAUAUACCCAUAGGAAUUGUUUCAAAUGAAUUAAUUUCAUGUAUAAAAGGUUGUUUUUACACUGCAAUAGAUUUGCCGAUUUUUUGUCUUAAUUUGUACUUGUAUUAAUUGUGUUUUUGACAUGACAGAGGAUUUUUUUUUUAAAUUUUGAUCAAUAAACCAAAUUACUUUCAAUUUGAGGUUUUGUCAACUUUUUGUUGCACAUUUAAUAUGGAUCACAAAGACUGACUGUAUGGCUGAAAUUCAGAAUUGAUUUACAAAAUAAAAAAUUUAUCAAUGUUUACAUAAUGUUUUCUUUCAUGACAUAUAUACCAAGUCAUCAACAAGCAUACAUGUACAAUGCAAGUCUGCACAAUAUACUUAGUUAAUAGAUAUCAUUUGUAAUAAAAGAUAAUUUGUUUGGCAUAUUAAUGUUCUGAUAGGUUGUAUGAAAAUAUCAUUUCUUUAUAUGCUAUUUAACAACAGGUUAACAUUUUACUCUCAUUGAAGAUUGUCUUACUAUCAAAAGCAAAAAUGGCUCAUAGAGCAUUGAAAGACUUAAGAAUUUAUUUUUUUACUCAAUUGCAGUUACAUGUUUAUGACUUACAUAAAUGAUAAAGAAAUAGGUUGUGAAAUCUGUGAUUUAAUUUAGGGAGGGGGAAACUAAAAUCUGUAUCUAAAUCUUUAUUUAUUAUUUAUUUUAUUUUAAUCAGACCUAUAAAAGGAUAAAAUAUCAUGUAGAUGUAUGUGAUUUUUAUAAAUGUAUCAUGCUCCAUUUGUGUUUUUUCACUACACUAGGAAAAAUUUUUACAGCAAUUUUUAAAGAUAUUUUUGCUCUUUUGAAUUUUGACCACUUUUUAAAAACCUGCUAGUUUUGAAACUAAAUGCAAAAAUGAGUUCUUUUUGAAGCAUUUCUCAUUACCAGAUCUUUUUAACAACCACAAAACCUUUUUUCCAACCAUGAAUUACAACCAUUAAUUAAAAAUGUUCAAGGCUUUGUACUCAGAAUGGCAUGCCAAAGGUUACAGAGAACACAUGAACUUUUUGUGAAAAAUUGGUAAUCCAGCAGUUAUGCACAUGCCUUUCUUACAAAGGGAUAUAUUCCUUUUUUUGCCCCCAAAAAUGUAGAUAUACUUUUUUAAGUUUGUAUUGAGCACUAAGUAUUAAACAUGGAACAAAAGUGGUGUUAUUUUUCUAAAUGAAUUUGGCCAGUAAGCAAGGAACCAAUAUCUAAUUUAUUAACAAGAAUUGUCAGGGUUCUUUUCUGAAUAAUUUGUUUGAUAUUUUCUUAAUUAUUUUCUUGUGAUAGUCUUACAUGUACUUUUUUUUUUUUAAGUGUUCAUGAAUGUGUUUUUAAGAAUGUUUAAUAAGAUAAUAUUUUGUGUUCAAUUUUUAUAUUAAAACCAUGCUUAUCAGUUUUAGUACAUGUAUUACUUAAUACUUACUGGAUUCAUUAUUCAUCAUAAUCUCUCCAGGAGAGAAGAUUUUUUUAUUUGUUUUAAGUCUCAAAUGCAUAAAGAAUUUCUAUGACAUGAGCAUCUUAAAGCAAUGAUUUUUUGUUGUAUAACUAUUUAUUAUGUGUGAAAGGUGUGCAUUAGUUAACAAAUUGACAAUUAUUGUUAUUCUAGGAACAGCUUAAAAUAACUGACAGCCAAGAAGAGGGCUAAUAAUUAAACAACAGUUGAUCUUAUUUUGAGAAUAUUGCCCAAAGGUUAAUAAGGAACACACAAGAAACAAACUACCAGGCUCCGACAAAAUAAGUUGUCCGCCAGAGCAGUGUUACUCUGUUACAUCUGACAAUUAAUAAGGGUCAACUAAUUAAUAUGAUUGACAAAAAUGACAAAGAAACACCUUCAAAAAGAUGACCUUCCAUAGGCAAGUAGCUUUAGGGGGUGACUUUAAAUACAGUUUCCAAGUAUCUAUAUCAAGUUUAGGGGAAUCACUGGCAAUAGAGUCCGUCAGAUUGGGAUUAAUAUGACAUUCAUGUAAAUCUGACAUGGCUGUAAUAUCUUAACUCUGUUAUAGUAACUGUUUGAAUACUUGAAGUGAUCAGUAUGAUACAUAUAUGACGUAUAUACAUGUAUAAGCACCAGUAUACGUAGAUUAAUUAGAACAUUGAGAAUGUUCACAAAUUAUCAAACCUAAAUAUCAUUUAUGAAAAUGUCUGUGUAUUGUUAUUAGAUUUGUUAUAUUAUUGUAAUGAAAUGAGCCAACCUUUCAAUAAAGAUCAUUUUAUUGAUCAGAGAGAGAGAGAAGGAGAGAGAGAGAGUGGGGUUUGACUUCAACAGUAGGAUAUUAUAACUAUAAGUUUACUAUAAGAAUAUUGCACGGGUCUACUACAAUUGUAUUGCACUACAGUAGCAUACCUACCUUUCACAGUUUAGUAACUCAUACUUUGAUACUGUCAACAGUUACAUAUGUAGAUAAUUUAUAAUAUGGCACCUUCCACAGUUAGAUUAUUCAUACUUUGAUACUUUCCAAAGUUGGAUAAUUCAUACUUUGAAUCAAAUACAGUUAGAUAAUUCAUGCUUUAAUACCUUCUACAGUUAGAUAAUAUACAUUAAUACCUUCUACAGUUAGAUAAUUCAUACUUUGAAACCUUUCACUGUAAGAUAAUUCAUACUAUGAACCUUCCACAAUAAGAUGAUUUUUAUUUUGAGACUUCCAAAGUUAGAUAACUCAUUCUUUGAUACUUUCACAUAAGGUAAUUCAUACUAUGGUACUUUCCCCUUCAGAGUUAGAUAAUUUGUACUGUGGUACCUUUCACAGCCAGGUAAUUCAUACUUUAAUGCUUUAAUCUACCGCAGGAUAAUUCAUACUUUGAUAUCUUCCAAAUUUUUGUUAUUCAUACUGUGGUACCUUUUACUGCUAGUCAAUUUAUGCUGUUGUAUUUCUAUAGCUAUUAGAUAAUUCUUACUGCGGUAUCUUUCACUGCUAGAUAAUUCAUACUGUGGUAUUUUUCACGGCUAGAUAAUUCAUACUGUGGUACUGCCUUUACUGUUGGAUAAUUCAUACUGUGUCCCAUUGCUAUGAUAAAGAGCCUUUAGAGAGAGAGAGAAAGCAUAGUAACCAGAAUCUUAACUGAAUGUACAUGUCAAACUGUAACAAAUUGAAUAAUAAAAUAAUUUAACACCAA